AUGGAGAGGAAGAGGAAGCUUCCUGCUCGCGCUGCGCGUGUAGAGUCCGUCAGCAAGAAGAGAACUUCCACUCCUCCGGAGCCACGCACCCAGACACCAACUCCUCCUGCGCCGCCUCCACCUCCAGUUGAAGAGUCGUUGCCUCGAAGUAUUGCGCCCGGAAAGCCGCUGCCUACAGUUGAAGAACCGCAGCCUGAUAAUCUCCCUGCGAGCCAUUUCCAGACAAUUCCAGAGAGCGGGGUUUUGGUAGAGUCACUACAAAGAUCACGAGCAAAAUGGUUGACCGAGGGCAUAUUCGAGAAAUACUGGACGAAACCUACAAAGAAGAAAGGAGCUCCAGAUGCACCACCAGACAACCCUGCGAAGGACUCAAUGACGAAACUUGGGAGCUGCUCUAUAACAAUCGAACCACAUACUUUUGAAGCUACCAUGUAUGCAAUAAAAGACCCGAAUCCGAAACCACUUCUUGCAACUGUGCCGCCUCAACAACAGAUGUAUCGUCCGAUAAUCCAGUAUGGUCCACCUGGCGGGGUGAUGCCUCCAACACCCCCUCCAGCUCCGGUGCAGCCAGUCCAACAGAAACCUCCACCUCCGAUCCCACAAUCAUCACCAAGGCCACAAGAUGUACAGAUGGGAAAUACUGCUCAUCCUCCUCCUCCUAAUAACACCUUCUCACAGCCUCCUCAAGUUCUCAAUGCUCUACCGAACGGACAUCGCCCAGCACCCAUACAAACGACUUCAGCACCGAAUACUUCACAAUCUUUACCACCGCCUACCCCUGUUGGAAAGAGCACAGAUCCAGUCAUACAGAUGUUGGCAGAACGAGCGGCAACAGAUCCGAGCUUGAAAGCUUUGAUGCGGAUAGUUGCAAAUGGCGAGGCUACGUCCGAGGAAUUGAAGAGGUUUCAAAGUCAUAUCGAUGAGCUUACGGAGCUUACUCGCGCCCAAAAAGCACGGCAAGCUGCUGCUGCUGCACCUCCACCUAUGUCUCAAGCUCCGCCAAAGCCACAGAGUGUACCGCAGGUACAUGGAAGCAUACCGCAACAAUCUGCCUCCACUCCAGUAUCACAUCCCACACCACCUGUCAAAGUAGCCCCAACUCCACCACCACCAGCUCCUACCCCAAUACCUCAAUUUCAGCCACAGCCACAAGCACUUCGAUCAAAGGGACCAGUUGCUUCGUCAAAACCAGAUAUAUCCGGGCUAGUAUUUGAGUUUAGUGGUGGAAACGGAGACCGCUAUUCCUUCCCCAAAUUCAGCAUUCUCGAAACUCGACCAAACGGCGAGGUGAUUGUGUCAUUUCUGAUAGUCAGAAAGGGCAGCAGUAGCGAAUAUCCUUCAUAUGACCCAGAGCUUGAUUACUACCAGCCGAUCACCAUACGGCUGUAUGCACAUCAACCACGGCAGCUGGAUGCGUUACAGAAGAUUGUUGCUCCUCCGGAAGAAGUCAGGCGAUAUAUGGAUGACAUCAUGGACAAGGCGACUAGAGCAGAAUACGUACUUCUAGCUAUGCGUCUCCCUCGCGAUACAGAGCAGCCUGCACCCGUGGAGAAGGAAGAAGAGGCUGAAAAGGCCGACAUGAUGGAUUUCCAGAUCACGCCAUGGGCUACUACAAAUUCCACGCCUGUGCCUGUCCACAAGGUCAAACCAGCGAAGAAGCUCCUCACGGAAGAAGAGCAGUAUCAAGCUUUCAUUUCAACCGUCACUUGA